GAAAUAGAAAUUUUAAAAAUGGGGGAAAACGGGAUAUUACGAGUUCAAGAAUGGGAAAUUCCGUUUCUAGGAUAUCUCAGCACUGACUCGCCGGCGCGGCGCGUUAUUUUACGCGUUAUCACCUUAUCACUGAAACAUAAAUGAAAACACCAAACAACACACUCAAGUAUAAUCGAACUUUCUACUUUUGCGAAUAUUUUAAGCACGUGUAUAAUUCUGAAGUUUUUAAACUUAAUUUUUCAAUUGUUCAUCGAACACAAUUUUGAUUUCUGAUCACUUCGAACAUAAUACCUCGAUCGUACAAUGGUCAAUACCUGUGCUGUGUUCGGGUGUAAAAGUACCUCUCGCGAUAGCAAAAAAGGGACACCCGACAAAGUUGUUAAAUUUUUUCGUUUCCCAUUUCGUAUCGGUGUAAAAAAAUUAAAUACAGAGAAAGAAAUUAGCAAUGAACGGGUAAAACGCUGGUUCAAUUUCUUGAAAAGAGGCGAUAUAAAAGUUGAAGAUUUGAUGACACGACGCAUAUGCUCGGAGCAUUUCAUCACCGGUCGACCGGCGGAGAUGCGUGAUGUUUCACACGUAGAUUGGGUUCCUUCGAUUACACCUUCGAUGAAAGAAUCACGUCGUUCUAUCGCUGUUCAAAGGUUUAGUCGAUAUCAGAAUAGACGGGAAAAGGCUGCUGAAGUACCACCACCACUACCUCAACCAUCACCAUCACCACCACCAGUGAACGAUGAAUGUAACGUAGACGUAGCAGUCGAAUCGAGCUCUAGUGAGCCAUCCAGUCAGGAACGUGAAACUCAAACAGAAUUGAAUAUUUCGAAGCUCUUGAGGGAAUUAGAAGAUACAAAGCGUGAACUGAAACAAAAAAGUGAAACCAUAGAAAAGCAAAAAAAGAUAUUAGACAAAUUGGUUUUAAAUAAAGAGAGCUUUUCCACUGAUAAGGGAAAACCAAAAUUGACAUUUUACACCGGUCUACCGAACGUGGAAAUGUUGGAUUUAGUUCUGAAAACAACUCGUCUAGCAUUGUAUCAAAUGAAAGCUCAAAAACUCGAUAAUUUUCAGAAAUUAUUAUUAACUUUAAUGAAGCUUAGACUUAAUCUAACGUAUAAAGAUCUAGCUUAUCGAUUCAAUAUCCUAGAUCGAACUGCUAUCGAUGUGUUUCAAAAAACAGUGGUAAUUUUGCAACAUGCAUUUAAGCCACUCGUUCUUUGGCCUGAUCGUGACUGCUUAAAGUUAUCUACGCCUCGAUGUUUCGUAUCGAAAUUUGGACAUUCUGUCGUUUGUAUUAUUGACUAUUUUGAAAUCGAGACCGAGACUGCUUCCACUUCGAUUGCGAGAAAUCAACCGAAGCAGGAAUACACCGCGAAAUAUUUAAUAGGAAUAACACCUUCUGGCGUGGUUUGUUUCAUUUCCGAAGGAUUUUCUGGCGAUACUUCAUAUUCAGAGGUAACACUUCGAUCCAAGUUCUUGGAUAAAAUACAACCCGGAGAUGUAGUCUUGGCUAAUGGAGGAUUUCCUACGAAAGGCUUGAAAGAAUUGUUCGAAGAUAAAGGAGCUACGUUACUUACUCCUGCCUGUGAAGAUGGAGAAGCUGAGAUGGAUCCGGUUGAAUUAGAGUUAUCGAAACGAGUUUCAACUGUAAGAGCCCAAAUUGAGAGAGCUAUUGGAGCAGUCAGACAAAAGUAUUCACUGAUAAAUGGACCAGUUUCUGUUGAUUUACUCAAAUCAUCGUACAAAGAUUCCAGCAUACUCAAUUACUCCGUUCAAGUAGCUUGUAUAUUGAGUAAUUUAUGUGAUUCUGUAUCUGUAGUGACUGAGGUCGAGAGUUGAGUGUUGAAUUUUAUUUUUAUAUUGAUACGCUCGCGCUCGUUACUAUUUUAAUUUAUUGAUUUAUUUCUCAUGCUGGUGUGCAGCUGGAGUUACCGAAUUCAAGAAAUUAGCAUCUGUAUAGAUGAUGUGUUUCGUGCUGAGAUCCAAGUUGAGCUGAGAGUAAUUGUAACUAGUUAUACGUAAACGAUGACUUUUUUGGAUUACCUAUGAAACUCGAUCAUUUUUUGAUGUUGUAUUUUAACGAAGAUGUACUCGUAGAAGAAGUUGAUGCAUUAAGAAAACGAUUUGCCGAUGAAUUAAAAUUGUUCGAUCUUUCUAAGUAUGAGAAUUUUAUUUUUAUCACGAUGUUGGUUAUCAAUUUUGCUAUCGUUUACUAAUGGAACGAAUUUAGUAUGUAAUUUUAUUGUGAUCAAUUUGUGUUAUUGUGUUAUGUUGUACCUAAUGUUCGAUUGUAGAAAUAAUAUUUUGACGAUUGUAUGAAA